GCGAAAAGUCAAACACAAAAGAAAACGAAAAAUAAUACUGAACUGUGUGGAAAUUGUUCAACGUUUUGGCUAGAAUUCAUAAAAAAUGGCCUGCCGUAAAAUUGCUUGUGAAUUACAAAUUUUAAGCCGUAAUGGUAAGCAAAUUGUAGCUCCAAUUGCCACCAGCCCCGUGCGUUUAUAUUCCUCACGCAAGGAUUUGGAAAAAACCACACACACUGGACAAGUUUUCGCUGAGGAUGAUUAUCGCAAUGUUCGUUUCACAAAUGCUAAACGUUAUGUGAAUGAAAACUGGGGCAUUAAAUUGAUUGAUGAAAUUCCUCCCAAGGAGUGUACCGAACGUGUUGUGUUCUGUGAUGGUGGUGAUGGUCCCUUGGGACAUCCUAAAGUCUACAUUAAUUUGGACAAACCUGGUUCUCACAUUUGUGGCUAUUGCGGUUUGAGAUUCGUCAAGAAGGAUGGUCAUCAUUAAAAUUUUAGAUAAUAUGAAAACAAUAUGAAAAUUAAUAUAAAUUGUCAUUACAAAAUUAAAUAAAAAGAAAUCCUUACUGUUUUGAA